AUGCUCAAUUUCACUGAUGUGACAGAGUUUAUUCUUUUGGGACUAACCAGUCGUCAAGAAUGGCAAGUCCUCUUCUUCAUCAUUUUUCUUAUGGUCUAUGUUGUCACUGUGGUAGGCAAUAUUGGCAUGAUCAUGUUAAUUAAGGUCAGUCCGCAGCUUAACAGCCCCAUGUACUUUUUCCUCAGUCAUUUGUCAUUUGUGGAUGUCUGGUUUUCUUCCAAUGUGACCCCCAAAAUGUUGGAAAAUCUGUUAUCAGAAACAAAAACUAUUUCUUAUGCCGGUUGUUUGGUACAGUGUUUCUUCUUCAUUGCCCUCGUCCAUGUAGAAGUUUUCAUUCUUGCUGUGAUGGCCUUUGAUAGGUACAUGGCAAUUGGGAAACCUCUGCUGUAUGGCAGCAAAAUGUCUAGGGUGGUCUGUAUGCGACUGAUUUCUUUCCCUUACAUAUAUGGCUUGCUGACUAGUCUGGCCGCAACCCUGUGGACAUAUGGCUUGUCCUUUUGUGGGAAUAUUGAGAUCAACCACUUCUACUGUGCAGACCCACCUCUCAUCAAAAUGGCGUGUACAGGGACUUUUGUAAAAGAAUACACAAUGAUCAUACUUGCAGGCAUUAAUUUCACAUAUUCUCUGACUGUGGUGACCAUUUCUUAUCUGUUCAUUCUCAUUGCCAUUCUACGGAUGCACUCAGCGGAAGGGAGGCGAAAGGCCUUUUCCACCUGUGGCUCCCACUUGACAGCGGUCAUCAUAUUUUAUGGGACUCUCAUAUUCAUGUAUCUUAGACGUCCUACAGAGGAAUCUGUGGAGCAGGGGAAAAUGGUGGCUGUGUUUUACACCACAGUGAUCCCCAUGCUGAAUCCCAUGAUCUACAGUCUGAGGAACAAAGAUGUGAAAGAAGCCAUGAAAAAAGUUAUCAGCAGAACAUGUUUAACAAAAUAA